CAAAAUGAGAGGAAAGCUACCGAACAUCAGUGAGGCAAAAACAACGGAGUUGAACGUGCGUUACAGAGACGCUGAACAGAAAGGCAAAUCAAAGAUUUCUGCUGAUGAACAAAGGGGAGCUGAGUAUUUAAAAGUUGACACAGUGCUGGUUCAACAAGACAAAGUGGACAAGUUUACAACACCAUUCAACACAAUGCCACACAAACGCAAGGCAGGGACCUGCACUUUCUCAGUUUUUGGAAAGGCACGGACAAUUUCAAUAUCCCAGCCAAAUAUAGUAGAGGUCAUUCACAAGUAUGCUGAACCCGGGACCAGUCUAAAGACCUACAGUGUUCACAAAGCGGAUGGCUUUUGGGAAAAUGUCUCAAGAGAUUUGGGAGUGCCUAAUACACGUCUUAAUAGGAAAAAAAUUCUCAAGGCAGUCCUGAAGUAUGAAAAGAAUGAGGAAGACAUUGUUGUUGCGCCAAAGUCUCCAAAAUCUGUAGGAAAUGUACCUUUACCUUCAGGAAAUGAGGAUGCACUUCAAAAAACUGCAGAGAGCGGCAUCCAUACCCCAGACACACGAUCCCUCGAGAGUGACUCUAAAUCUUCAUCUUCAAAUGCAAAUGCUAAGUCUUUUUGCGUGGAAAUGGAGAAAUGGAAAGACAAACGCAUUAAACGAAAAGGUGUGUACGUGUCACCGUUAGUGACAGAACUGCCACUGAAGAAAAAGAAAACUGAGGUCUCAUAUUUGUGGAAACAACAGGAAAUGGACAUUGUUGUCUCUGAGGUCCCAUGUCAGGUUAGAGGUAACAUUGUCAUACGUCACAAGGACUUCCUGACCCUUAGACCACACAGCUGGCUUGUUGGAGAGGUCAUUGAAAGUCUCCUGCACCACUGGGCCAUUCGGCUAAAUCUGGGAAAUGAUAUCUACAUUAUGAACCACUACACGAGCGGUGAGAUCCUCUGUGAAGGGACAGAACUAGACAGGAGACAAAGCUUGUCCAAGGUGAACUUUGACAACUACAGAGCCAUUUUAUCCUUUGUAAACAUUGGAAAUAAACACUGGAAGUUACUGGUUAGUACAAGCAGCAUUUAUGUGAAAACAGUUUGUUUCAAUAACACGUUCUUCAUGAUUUAUGUACUUUUAAAAUUUAUAUAUCUAUCGCAGUACAUAAAUGCAGAUGACAGCUGUCUGUAUUUGGUCGAUCCUUCAAGAAACUCUUCGGAGCAGGAAGAGUCUGACCGUGCAGCCAAAAGAUUCUGUGAUUACUUCAAAAUGAGAAGGACAUGCUACAACAAAACAGACUGGGUGAAUGUGAGACUUCGAGGAGGAGUACUGACACAUCCAUUUCAACAGGAUGGUUCUAGCUGCGGAGUAAUGGUCAUCAUGAUGGCCAAAGAAGUAAUGGAAGCAUUCCCAAAUAAACCAGAAAUGACAUUUUUGACGACCAAAAGAAAGAUGGCCCAGGCACGAAGGACAUUUGCACAGACAAUACUUGAGGCCUCAGCGAAGCCACACAAUCCAGGACCCUCCAUCACUGACUGGAGAUCCAGUGUGAUAACUGCAACUACAGGUUCCAUUCUGAAUGCCUGGAAAUGACAAAUGAACAGCUCAGCAGCGCUCAGAAGACAGAGUGGAAGUGUGUUCUUUGUGUAACCUAAUUCCACAUG